CCUGCGUGGGCACCUUUCAGACCCUUGUCAAAGAAUAUAACAAUUGGAAGAGGACCAAGCACCUUCAAUAAGACUUGUAUCACUUCUCUACUGAAGCUGAAAAUGGACAUAUUGCACUGAAUCCCUUUGCCUGUGGUAAGAAGAAGAGGUAGAGCAGGAAAUUCUGCAUCAGACGUGUCCACUCAGCAGCACAAUGUCUGGAGAGGGUAAAGGUGGUGCUGAAGGUAGUGCAUCCCCAAUAGACUCUCCGUUUCGCUAUGACCUCUUCACUGUUUUCUACAGCAUCAUUUUCAUUCUGGGUUUUGUCGCCAACUGCUAUGUGCUCUGGAUUUUCAGACGUAUUUAUCACACCAAGAAACUCAAUGAAAUCAAGAUAUUCAUGCUGAACCUGACAAUAGCUGACCUGCUCUUCCUGAUUACAAUGCCACUGUGGAUUAUUUACUAUCACCACAAUGGAAACUGGUUCAUGCACAAGGUCCUCUGUAAUGUAGCUGGCUGCUUAUUUUUCGUUAACACCUAUGCUUCUGUUGCCUUUCUGAUGGCCAUCACAUACAACCGCUACCAAGCCGUGACUAAUCCCAUUAGAGCUGCUCAGUUUACCACUCGGAGAAGGGGUAUCUUUUUAUCAGCAGCUAUCUGGAUCGUAACAGUGGGCAGCUCUUUGUAUUAUUUUUUUGAAGAUAAUACUAAUGUGGAGAAAAUUGGCUUGAAGAAUUACACGCGUUGCUUUGAGCGCUAUGACUCUACUAGCAAUGUUACACCUGUUCUUGCCAUUCAUGUCAUCAUCUGCAUCGUCUUCUGUAUCAUUUUUUUAUUUAUCCUAGCCUGGAACAUUGUCAUUAUCAGGACCCUCUUCUCCAAAUCAGGGCAGCAGCGGAAGAGUGCUCAUGUCAAGCAAAGGGCGCUCUGGAUGGUUUGCACAGUGCUUGUGGUGUUCAUCAUAAGCUUUGUACCUCAUCACAUUGUGGACCUGCCCUGGACACUGACUGUUCUGGAGCAAUGGCAGAAAGAGAACCGUAAUUUGCGCCAGCAACUCAAUGAUGCUCACCAAGUGACUUUGUGCCUCUUGAGUACGAACUGUGUGUUGGACCCAGUCAUCUACUGCUUCCUCACCAAGAAGUUCCAGAAGCAUGUUUCAGAAAACCUGAAAAGCAUGAAAGGGAGUCGAAAGUGCUCCAGGCAAACCACAGACACAGUGAUUGAGGGCACCAUUCACCAAGAGGAUGCCAUUAGGAUUUAGGUCAGAUGGGUUCUAAUUGCUGAGACUGGGAAGUGUGAAUCAGUCAUUCAUCUUUUCUCAAGAGAAGGUACUGAGGGACACAACAGAGGACCAGGAUAUUGUAUCCCCUUUAUCCCUUAGAUAGAAGAAUGAAUGCUCAAUUGUGAAAGGACAAGAGGCAACAGGCACAAACUGGAACACUGGAGGAUCCUCCUGAACAUCAGGAAGCACUUCUGUGCUGUGUGGGUGACUGAGCACUGGAAGAGCCUGCCCAGAAAGGUUGUGGAGUCUCCCUCCUCGGAGAUGUUCAGAAGCUGCUGGGACUUGGUCCUGCGCACCCUGCUCUAGGUGUCCCUGCUUGAGCAGGGGGUUGGACCAGAUAGACCCAGAGGUCGCUGCCAACCUCAAUCAUCCUGUGAUUCCUUCUAUCACAUGCAUCUAGCAGAAUUGGAACCUGUAAUAAUCUGUAAGAAAAGCACUUUCUGUCUGGGUUGAGGGCACUGACAACAGCUCAAGCAAUAUGCCUGAAAGAAACACGAGUGCCUGCAGUGAGCAGCUGCCCAGGUAACACCAUCCCUUGUUCUUUGCCCACCCAGCUCCCAAAAAGAAUCCAGUGCCUGACCUGUAUGAGGUUUCUGAAAGACCUGGAGGAACACACAGAGCUGCUAUCAUAAUUGAGUAACUUUUCUGAGCAGCUUGCAUGGUUCUGUAAAGAGUAUGAGCCAAAGAAGCUCCUGAGUGGCUAGAAGGGACAUAGUCCAAGGAGUUCCUCACAAUACCAUCAAAGAAGAGAGAUGCACCUAUACUUGCACAGUCCGUCGGGGUCCUUACUUCACAGAUGCCUAGGAGCAGCUAUUAUGAACUUUUGUCUUUGCUCUCAGCUUUUGAAUUAGACAUGUAACUGAACAAAGGUGAGAAAAGGAAGAGAAAUUGUCAGUGUCUCAGCCUCUAUCCCAAAUCAGCAUUAUGUCCAAGGGGGACUGUUGUCUGCCCUGGCUUCUUGUACGAUUGCAGAUUGGGCAAGUAAGUGCCCUCUUGCACAAAGUUUGGUAUUUUUUGGCUGACUGCAUGUGUUUGUGGAGAUCCACUUUCACUUUGGAGGCUCCAGUUAACAGAAGACUGUUGUCAGCAUGGUCAUUACUGUGAGAAGAAAAAAGAAUAAAAAUACAGAAGAGUUUUAACCUUUAUUUAUUUAAACUUAGGAUUCCAAAAAGCAGCUGUGCAUAAUUUCCUUCCCCCAGCCUUUUUAUUUCUGUAGUGAAGAAAUGAAGCUGACUGGUUCUUGAUAUCCUACCAUGAAUGAAGUAUUAGUCCAUUGGCCAUAGUCCACGGCCAUUUUCUGAGUGAACCAGUAAAUGCACAGUGAUGUGGUGUACCGUGUAAGUCAUGCACUUAGGAAACACUUGAGACCAGCCAGCCACAUUCAGGGCUUGCUGCAGUCAGUAGGGACUUAAGGCAAAAUGGUUUUCCAGUGUUGCUGAGUUCUGUUACAAAUCACGAGACAAUUGAGGUUCCUGUUUCUGACCCAGAUUGCUCAAUCCAGCACAGGAAAUUGGGCAGGGCAGGGCAGGGAAGGGAAGCUACUUGUUUUUUACAAUCUUUUGGUUCCUCGAACUACAUAGGAGACUGGCUGAUGACAGGAAAAGUGCAUCUGAUGUUGUGAUACUGUUUUAUUUAUAUAAUAAAUAUAAAUUUAACACUCUUUAACUCUCACUUAACAGCUGAGCUUGGUAACUCUUAGAAGAAAUGGGAAGGCCUUAUUCUAUGUGGUGAUAUGGUCUUCUAUUGAUUCCUGGAAAGCUUACAGCAGAGCUUACAGUGUAGGUUACUUACUGUUUUUAAAUAUGCUUUGCUCCACAGAAAGCAAUCGUAAGGCAAGUGUGACCUCAGAGAACAAAUAUAAACUUGCUUCCGAGGAAAGGGGAAAAUGGAGAAAGAACUCUGAGGACACUUCAGAAAGAUAUGUUGCAAUCAUUAAGUCAGUAAAAAUGCAUUUUAAAAAACAGUCUGAGCUUCUACUUUUGUUCCUGAAAUUACUUCGUUUUAUAGCAGUGAUGCAUUAUAGUGCUUUAAUUUGCAAUAAAAUUGAUCCUCAAAAAUUAUUCUAAAUAAAAUACUUCUUCCAAGGGUUUUGGACUUUAA